GUGGGGAGGUGGGGGAACUUCAGCUUGAUGAUAAUGUUUAAGUAGAACGUCGUCGUUCCUUCUUAUUCCCUGACGCUUCAACAGAUUCGUGCUUUUUGUCACUUCCUGAGUGCUAAAUACUGACACGGAAGAACGCCUAAAAUACAGCCCUUCGUCCCAUUCCAGAGAAACUUCGAACCUUACCGUAUAUAUGUGCUUUGAGGCCUUGGAGAGCUGUCUCAAAAAGGUCAUGGAAAGCUGCACUUUGUGUUCUUCACGUUUCCAUACUGAAUUCCUACAAAAAAUGUUGGUGGUGCCGAUCUGACCUAUGGUAAUACCUUGAAAGAGUAUGAAUAUUUCAGCCAACUGCCUCUUCAGUGGUUCCUCAUUAGCAUCUGAAGUGCAUGCUGCUGCUGUUAAUGGAGAUAAAAGUACCCUCCAGAAGCUAAUAGCAGGAAACUCUGAGCUCAAAGAUAAAGAAGAUCAGUUUGGAAGAACUCCACUUAUGUACUGUGUAUUGGCUGACAGGCUGGACUGUGCAGAGGCAUUGCUGAAGGCUGGAGCCGAUGUUAACAGAGCUGAUCGUAGCCGAAGAACUGCCCUUCAUCUUGCUGCACAAAAGGGAAAUUACCGCUUCAUGAAACUUCUACUCGCUCGUAGAGGGAAUUGGAUGCAGAAGGACUUAGAGGAUAUGACACCAUUACAUUUAACUACACGUCAUAAAAGCCCAAAAUGUUUAGCUUUAUUGCUAAAACAUAUGGCACCUGGAGAAGUGGAUACCCAGGACAGAAACAAGCAAACUGCAUUGCAUUGGAGUGCCUACUACAAUAACCCAGAGCAUGUGAAACUUCUCAUAAAACAUGAUUCAAAUAUUGGAAUUCCUGAUAUUGAAGGAAAAAUCCCACUUCACUGGGCAGCUAACAACAAGGACCCUAGUGCAAUUCACACAGUGAAAUGUAUUCUGGAAGCUGCACCUACAGAAUCCCUGCUUAACUGGCAAGACUAUGAAGGACGAACUCCCCUUCAUUUUGCUGUUGCUGAUGGGAAUGUAGCAGUUGUUGAUGUGCUGACCUCCUACGAAGGCUGCAAUGUGACAUCCUAUGACAACCUGUUUCGAACUCCCCUUCACUGGGCAGCCUUACUUGGUCAUGCACAGAUUGUCCAUCUCUUAUUAGAAAGAAAUAAGUUUGGAACUAUCCCAUCUGAUAGUCAAGGUGCAACACCCCUACAUUAUGCAGCACAGAGCAACUUUGCUGAAACAGUGGAAGUAUUUUUGAAACAUCCUUCUGUAAAAGAUGACUCAGAUCUUGAGGGAAGAACAUCCUUCAUGUGGGCAGCUGGCAAAGGCAGUGAUGAUGUCAUUAGGACUAUGCUGACUUUAAAAUUGGAUAUUGAUAUCAAUAUGACAGACAAAUAUGCUGGCACAGCGUUACACGCUGCUGCUCUUUCUGGCCAUGUCAGCACAGUGAAAUUGCUGUUGGAACAUAACGCCCAGGUGGAUGCUUUGGAUGUCAUGAAACACACCCCGCUUUUCCGAGCCUGUGAGAUGGGACACAAAGAAGUGAUACAAACACUCAUUAAAGGAGGAGCAAGAGUAGAUUUGGUUGACCAAGAUGGCCAUUCACCCCUUCACUGGGCAGCCCUGGGAGGAAAUGCUGACGUGUGCCAAAUCUUGAUAGAAAACAAAAUUAACCCUAACGUGCAGGAUUAUGCAGGUAGAACCCCUCUGCAGUGUGCUGCUUAUGGAGGUUACAUUAACUGCAUGGUAGUGUUACUGGAAAACAACGCAGAUCCAAAUGUUCAAGAUAAAGAGGGAAGAACUGCUUUGCACUGGCUCUGUAACAAUGGCUACCUUGAUGCUAUAAAAUUGCUGCUGGGUUUUGAUGCUUUCCCUAAUCAUAUGGAGAACAGCGAGGAGAGAUAUACUCCACUUGAUUAUGCCUUGCUUGGUGAACACCAUGAAGUGAUUCAAUUCAUGUUAGAACAUGGGGCUCUGUCGAUAGCUGCCAUACAAGACAUUGCUGCUUUCAAAAUUCAGGCUGUCUACAAAGGAUAUAAAGUUAGAAAGGCUUUUCAAGAUAGGAAGAAUCUUUUAAUGAAACACGAACAGCUGAGGAAAGAUGCUGCUGCCAAGAAACGUGAAGAGGAAAGUAAGAGAAAAGAAGCCAAGCUGCAGAAAGGGGUGCAGAACGUGGAACAAAAUAGGUUUCGAGUACAACAGAAUCCUGCAAGUCGAGAGAAGACUACCGGCAUGUUGCAGUUACCUAAUAAACCAACUGACGUACAGAAUAAGAGACCUCUCUCCCUCAGUGCUUCACAAAUUCAAUCAGGGAGAAACAGUAGAGGUUCACCUAAAGGUUGUCAGAACAAAGGGACACUGAAGGAGAGUUGCCUGUCAGGAGAGCCUCAGAGUGAAGGUCAUAAAAUCAGGCAAGAUUCAUUGAGGAAACACAUCAAAAGCAAGUCAAAUUGUGUCCAUUUCCAUUGUGGCAAAGCAAAAGAGGGAACAAAAGUUGAAGUGAAGCAUCAAGUUGCAGCUGCUCCAGAAGUGGAUGGAGAGAAGCACAAGGAACUCACUGUUGAGGCAACAGGUCCGUGUUCUCGGAGGAGCAGAAGGCAUACUUCUGCUUGUAGGACUGCUAGUGUUGGGGAAAAAUUAAGAGAUCAAAGUCAGCCUUCAUCUGGCAAUAAGGACCACUGUGAAGGAACGCCUGCGUUCUUCUGCAGUGUCAGUUGUACUGGUGGAAUUGCAAGAAACUCAAAGCAGUGUGAAGCUUCUUCCAAAGGCAAAAGGCAUCAGCAGAAAUCCAGAAAUAAAGAGGUAAACGAUGAGCGAUGUUCACCAGCUGGCUCUAGUAGGCCAGGAAGUGCCAAGACGGUAUUUGUAAACACCAGAAAUGACAGCGUGCGUGCUGUAGAACCAACUAACAAAGUGGGAAAUAAUGAAUUAGCGAAAAAGGCCUCCCCUUUAUUGUCUGCCGAGGCAGAACCUGCCAGAACUGUGCCAAGAAACCCAGCAGUGUGUUCUGUUCCUGAUGACAGUUUGAACUUGGAAAAAACAGGCGUAAUUGGAUCCAGGAAUGCAGAUGAUCAAUUAUGUUCUAUCGCAUGGCAAAGUACAAAUAUUGAACUAAUCCCGUUAGAGAUUCGAAUGCAGAUAAUAGAAAAAGAAAGAAAAAGAAAAGAGCUGUUUCGGAAGAAGAACUACGCUGCUACAGUCAUACAGAGGACAUGGAGAAGUUACCAGCUAAGACAGGAGUUGUUUCAGCUUCUUAGUGCCAAGCGGCAGUGCAAAGAAGAUGAAGAUAAAUGGAGACAGGAGACAGCCGCCUUCUUCAUUCAGGUUGCUUGGAAGAAACAGCUGAACCAUAGCCCUCUGAAAUCAGUUCCUUCGUGUAAAAAUCUGAGAUCUAUAAACAAAACCAGCUCAGCCAUAAAAACCAGCAAGCAGUCCAUCCUUAAGCAGAUAUAUGGACGUUCUCAGGAAGGCAAAGCGUGCCAGCCAACAAGACCUCCUUCUAAGCUGAAACUUUCUGAUGUGCAGCUGGUCUCAGUCAACAACCUACAGUGUGUUAAUUUGCUGGAGAACAUGGGAAAAUCGAAGCAAUUUUCAUACAACAUGAGACCAACGACUGCUGCAAAAUCAAAACCUACAAGACUCAAGCACUAAGCAAAACUGAAUGUUUGCAAUUAAAAAAAGCACAUUCCGGUACCACUUAUCUCUCAUAAUGUACAAGUCAUCUACGACAUAUUAAACUUGAACACAUGUUUGCAUUUUCUAUUAUCUCAGCAUUACUUGCCAAGCAGAAUUCUGAGGAGUUGGACUCAUUUUGUGCACAAAUUAGUUUUUAGAUGCAACUGUUAAUUUAUUUACUGACAGGAUGAAGUCUGAAUUGCAUUUGCAAACAGAAAAUGAAGCCAUAAGCCCAGCACUGUAGCAGAGAUGCAGGGGCUCCCAAAGUUUUCCGUUGUCAAAAGUAGGAAUUUUGAAUGUGUUCGUCGAACGCGGUUUCAAAGGUGAGGGAAACUGUACUAAAGGUAACAGUUCUGAAAGGCUUCUGUUCGAUUUCACCUCACAUUUACUGAAUGUAUUUCAAAAUCUAAACAGAAACAGAAGAACAGCCUUCAUGCUCCACUUCUGUACUAAAACAAUUGUUUCUUAGGUAGCUAUGGAUUUGGAAGGAAAAGCAGAGAUAUGGACAAAAACACUCAGUAAAUAAAUCACUUUCCACAACCUAUGAUGGAGGUUUAGGGGUGUGUUUUCUACCUUUUGAGAUUAUCACCAGUUUUUUCCAUAUUAAUAACUACUUUUAUACAUGCACAAAAGGAGUUUCUACGGAAAGCAAGAAAAGAUGAGACCUGUGCUAGAAGAAAACUUGUUCUUAAAAUAGCUUUGGAGCUGCCAGCGUACAGUAUUUACCUUGCACAAACUAUUUAAAAAUAAAAAGAUGUUACUCUAGUCUCCAAGUAUACUGUUUCCUUUUUUUUUUCUGGUCGGUAUUACAUGAUUUUUUACAUUAAUGUGAUGCUUCAAAGUAAGAGAUGAUUGGAGUCCACGUAAGAAGCCUGUUUCUCUGCAAGCACUUAAGCUCAAAGGAGGCUGGAUUUUCUUUAAGACCCCUCAUCACUGCGGUCACCACAUCUACUGCAACAACUUCCAGUAAUGUCUACUGGCUUGAAGAGAAAGGCAACAGGGGUAUGCAGUUCUUUGUAAAAUUUUUAUUCUGUUUCACUUACAAAAAAAUUGACAAGCUUUGUUCCAACAUCUUCCAUUCAAAACUAAAUAGAAGUAAAUGCUUUACAAUAAAUGCAGUUCGACCUCUUCAAUAUACUGCGUUUACAGGGCCAGGUCCCUGGGGAUGAGAGGCCAGGUAGAUGUUGAAACAGUAAUGGAGGUCUGUUAGCCACUGCUCUUGAACUUCACCGCUCUUCAGUGUCUAGAAAGAAGCAGAAGAAAGGGUAAAGCUCAAUUUCACCAACAGCACUCGCAAAGCUUCACUUUGUUUUUACACUUUAUCAGGUGUGCGCUGUAAAAGGUACAAGGCGGCCUCGUUCACCUGCGCCCAGUGACAUUGUUCUCAUUUAUACAUUUCAACAUGGUACGGCUGUUAAAGCCAAAAGAAUAAAGUGUCACUACUUGGUACACUAAAUCGGUGUUACAUUAUGAAGCGUGAAUUACACCAGAUGUGAUUUCCUUACUCUUAAUUAUAGUGGCUCACUUACUUCGCAAUUCUGCAGUUUAUAGUCAAUUAAAAUGCAAAUGAGUGUGGCUCUGCUAAAGCAGGAGAGCUCAAUACCCCAGUCUGCAGGAGAACUGCUACCAACAGACCAACACAGCCCACAGUCCAGUUGUUCAUUCCCCUCAGCAUUCGAAGCAGUUAAAAAUAACCCCACCAGCAACAAACACAACCCACCCGCAGUGGAACAUCACAAAAACUGGCUGAGGCAUUUUCAACACCAAAGGAAAACAACCACCUUGUUCUCUGUUAGAGGACCUGCACGACACACUCCAAACAGGUUAUGCUUCUGGUAACAGACCUUUCGAAAGCUGCUAGUGGGGAGGUGUGGCUCACUCAAACCCGUGGGACAUACAAACCCUCUGCCCUCAGAACUAGCAACAGCUUUGUGCGAAGGCAGUUUCAGAUUUUCUUUUUCUGAAGAAAGAGGCAACUGUAAUAGUCUCAAAACCACUGGACCAUAGACACAUGAACAGGAGCACUGUUUUGAAAGGGAACGUGUUUUGUACCAUACAUAUUUAAGAGAGUUUGUCUGAUUUAAUAACGUCUUCGCAGACCCUGCUCCAAUACACUGAAAAUACUAGUUUCUUAUUUUGGGGCCGUUCUCCCUCAGACAGGUUGGGUACACAAUCCGCUUCCAGUGUGUUUUGUCAGGAAGCCAGCUGUGUCCUGGGCUGCUGGACCGGGCUGCAAGCUAAACGUCAGAGCUGUCUCAUCUGUGCCACGACCACAGCAGCUCAGACAAGUAGCAGCCUUCUACACAGCCUGUGUACACAUUCCAAGACAAAUAAAAGACAACCACAACCUGUGUUUUGCAAAACAUCUGUUCUUUGUGUUUGCGGUAAUUUUAAAACCGCGUGUACCCUUGUGAUCUGUGGGAGGCAACAAGAAGUUUCAUACCAUGAUGUCCUUGAUAAUCUGUUGCACCAGAAAUUCAUUUGUGAUCAUAUGGCUCCUGAGCUGACCAUGCUGCAUUAGUACGCGAAGCAACUGAGCGACAACGGGCAGUUCUUCCCGACAGAUCCUGCUCACUUGCAGACUUUGCAGCAUCAGUCUCAGUAAUCGUGGCAGGAGUGCUAAUGCAGAAAUACACGAUCCCCACAGCAUAUCCCUGAGAGAAAGAGAGAACGAAAACUGAAAUGACCGAGGACACAUAUUUCAAAUGUACUUCUGUGAAUCAGUCUCGUAGCUGUACAAGGGAACGUGCCUCAAUUCAGUCAUGCCAACUGCCUUCACCAUCGGGAGAGCUGCAGCAGAAAAUCUGUACCAGAAAAUGCUAAACUAGAAAAUAUUCUAAAAUCAUGUACAGCACUGGAAAAAACUUAAGGUCCUGCCCUGGAGCUACAAAUGUUGCUGAAGCUCUUACACAGUGUGAUUUCUGCUUGAUGCAGCUGGGAAGAGGUUUUUGUUUCAGUUAUUGCUCAGGUGCACCUGAAUCUUUAAGACUCAUAUGAAAUCAAACAAUGGAAUCAGCUUUUUGCAAUAUGCAAGUCAUUGAAUACGGUACGUGAAGGAGGACUCCGGCUUUAAAAACAUGUCUUAAAUUUUAAGUAAGCUUUGAACAACUUUCCUGCAUAUGGAACAGUUAGAGGAAAAAUCUGAAGUUUAAACUUUUUAAAGACAUUUCUGUUAUACCGGUAAAUAAACUUCUAAAAAUCUGGUA